GAAUCCCUAAAACUUCCGCAGGAGUAGAAUGGAUAAAGCAAAACUAGCGGGUCAGAAAGGGGCCAGUGUGUGAAUUUGACCGCCGUGUUAUUAUCUGUCCGGGUCCCGAUGCGUGCUUAAUGACGGACGACAAGCGCACGCCCGUGAAUGUAUCGGCUCGGUCGGGAAAGCGCGAGGAUCGAGACUCGCAAGCGCAUUUGGAUGUAAGCGCGAGACGCGAGAGGACGAACUCGUGAGCUCUUCACUUCUGCCCGCAAGAAAAGCGGGAGGUGGACGGAGGAAUCACCGCGCUGUCACACGGACACCAGCCGGAGAGAUGGAGUGAACAAUUUCGCAGCAUUUUCCGCAACUCAACCUUCUUCUUUUACUUUUUUUAUUUAAAAAAAUUAUGGAUUACAGGAAAAGAUUUUCAUAGCUCCACCAAUUUUGGAAUAAACUUUUUACAUUCGGAUGGACCUUGCACAAACAUGAUCUGAGCUGAGGGAUUUUUCCCUCACUAGAUGCAAUGGAAUUAUGAAACAUAUCUGCUUGAAACUGACCUGACGCCAGCCAAACGAUCACACACUUCGAUAUGGCAACUUGUGCAGAAUUGGUUCGGGGGGCGCGCGCGUUUGUUUGGCCUUUCGCGUGUGCGCUCGUGUGUUUUUGCUGUUUUUCCAUCGCCUCCUCCAACCACCACGGCGGUCGGUUGAUUUGCUGGCAUGCGAUAUUAAACUGCCAGUCGGAGCCCGAGUGUCAUUACGCGUAUGAACAGUAUCUGCACGCCUGCGACUCGAUCCUGAGCGGCCAGAGGAGGAAGUGUCCGAGUCACUGCAUCUCAUCCCUGGUGCAACUCAACCUGACCAAGAGCGGCCCGGCGCUGGAAGACUGCAGCUGCAACAAGGACCCGCGCUGCCGGGAAAUCAAACGAGCCAUCGAACCGUGCCUGCCCAAAACGAGCAACAUGGGCUGCACCGAAGCCCGGCGCCAGUGCGAGAAGGACAGCCAGUGCCGAAGCGCGAUGGGCGAUUAUUUAGUGCACUGCGGGAAACUCUUCAGCGGCUCCAGCUGCUCGAACCAGUGCCGCAAUGUCAUCGCGUACAUGCGCAAACUCCCCAAAGCUCAACUCCUGGAUACUUGCGUGUGUGAUGGAACGGAGCGGACUAUAUGCGAGUUUAUCAAAACUAGUAUGAGAACGCUUUGCUUUGACUCUCCCCCGGUGGACGAGGAGGGCUCCAGCGGUUUGGACGAUGACGAGCCCGGUGAUGAUGAUUUCCUAGAGCCAGAGCCCACGAGGAACACAGGUUCUGCUUUUGUGGCAUGCUCUGUUUUGACUGUGGUGGCAUCCAUUUUGGCUCUAGUGCCGCUUCCUUGAUCACUUUGAAGUCGAGAUAAUGAUCUGCUCCAACGGCUGUUCGGGAAUAGUGCAUUUUGUCUUUUUUUUCUUCUGCUUUCCAGUUCUGUCACGGCAAGCUGUGUUAACAUUUACUUUUUAAAACUUUUUAGAUUUUGUAAAAAUGUUAAAGUAUAGUCUCAUGGAUAUGAUAAUUAGGAGAUAGCGGGUUUGCUACAAAUAAACAACAACAACAACAAGACAUAGCUAUUGUAGUUUGACCAUGACGACCACAAAUUCACCAUGGUUUGCUUCAGUAGUUAUAGUUUAACCACGGUAUUUGUAGUAGAAACUGAACCACAUACUACUUGAAACCACCACACAAAAAACAUGGUUACUACACUUUUACUAUAAUAAAGCGUGGGUAAUUUUUGUACAAUUAGAAACCUUAAAUUAGCAAAUACAAGUAGCAAUUCCAUUACUACUUACAACAGAUGGUAAUAUGUAAAGACAAGUCAUAAUGGCUACUUAUUUGUUUGAAGAAAAGACACAAAUUCAGUUUAAAAGAUUGGAAUGUUGUCAGUUCACUUGAUUCUACUAUAUAUUCAACUUUUGAUGUCAGUAAUAAUGGAUUAGUUACAUGUCACUAUGAUGCAUAAAUAGUGAUGUCAAAUGAACCCACUAAAAUCCAAAAAUAGUCACUAUUAUUUGCUAGCAAACUAAAAAGUAUGUCACUUAAACAAUGAGUUGCUUUCCUGAGUAAAUGUUAAUACAGCUUGACCUGAUUUUUCUCCAAAGAGUACAAGCUAAACUUUGUGUGACGUUUAGUUACUUUGUGGAAAUCGCCACAUUGUAAAUGUGUUUUGAUUCACUAUGCAAAUUUACUGUUACAGAUUCGGCCCAGGUAAACGAUACCUUGCAAAUUAUUCUAGGUCAGUCAACUGCCUUAAACACCAGCUUGCCUGUUUCAAGUGUUAUUUUGUAAAAGACAAAUUUAUUUCCCUAAAGUAUAGAAAGAAAAGUUUAUUUUGUUACCUAGACAUUUUAACAGUGAAAGUUGUAAUUAUAAAACUGUGCACUGCCAAUGGAAAACUAGAUUUUUAAAUAUGUAAAGUAUUUUUUAUAAAGUUGCAAAAGACGUAAGUAACUUCUGUAAAAAAAAAAAAAGUGUUGCUGGAAUGAAUGAGGAGUAGAUCUCUAUAGUGCAUUUGAUAAAUCUUCUAAAAAAAAACUCCAAACCCAGAGACUCACGAGAGAGAACUUUAUUUUUGUUUAUAAAGUAAAACAAAGGGUGAUGAUUCCAGCUUUAAAGGGAAGUUAAAUGUUUGUUGUAAUUAUUUGUCUUUUAAGAUAUUGUACAGUGUACAGAUUUCCAGAGAAUCUUUUAAAUGUGUUAUCUAAGAUGAACUAUUUACUGUGUAGAAAUGUCUAAAUCCACUGUAUGACUGCCUCAGUGAUGUCCUUUUUAUAGAAGGCAUAAAACUAAAGUACAAAGACUCAA